AUGAAUAUCGGCCUAACGAUGAACAUUUUGAAGAAGAGCCGUGUGCUGAAUCAAAAUUGUUUGCGGGACAAGGUGAAGGAGCUGUCGCCACUUCUGCGCAACUUGGACUGGCCUCUCAGCAGGGACUCGGUUUUCCGGGCCUCCUGGAACUAUUAUGCCAGCGGCUGUCAGGAGCGCCUCUCGAACACUCGCAGGCGCAUCGAACAGAACGCUAGAAUAAUGGCUUCGGAUAGAAGGCCCAAAGGUCCACUUCCUGCUGACCUGAAGCUGCCUUUCGACGAGAGCCAAUUGCCGCCUGGAGCAGAUUUGGAUGAGCAAAUCUACCGGGAAUUGGUUUCCUGUUUUCAGAAUGCAGAAGGCCCUCGAUCCGUAAAAAGAACUCCCUUAAAGCGACCCAAAGUCUACAAAUCUUGCGAUAUGGGAAAGUUUUCCACUCCGGAACAGUGGUUUUCCUGGAAACGUGAGGAGCGGGAAGUGGACGAGGUAUUGCAAAAAUCGAAGGAUCCCUAUGUAAAAGAGGAAUUGUCCAAAAAGCUACAACAUCUACAACAAAAGCUAACCCAACGACGUCCUUUGGUUGUACUGCCAAAACCAAAAGAAGAUAAGUUACCAGAAAAUGAUAAGGUGUCCAAAAAAGUUAAGUCACGAAAAAAGUUCAAAGUUGAACCCAAGGCUUCUAGGCAGCUUUCCAAGGAAGCAGUGUUCCAGGGGAAAACAUCAGAUAAAUUAGGAUCCACUUAUUCAAAAUCUAAGACAAACGUUUCAAAACUACAACCUACGAAAUUAGCAAAGAAGUAUAAGGUCCCUUCAGAUUUAAGGAAAACUUCCAAAAAGAUAGGGGAAAAAAUAAGUAAAACCUACACUAAUGCUCCAUUAAGGCAUCAGAAAUCUUCAAGCUUCUCAUUGAAAGGGAAAAGUUCUUUACUUUCGAACAGAUCGAGUAACUUUUCAGAAUUACGUAGGGUUUCUCACAUUAGUGAGACUUUAAAUAGACUGAUAGCCAAACAUCCAAGUCUGGAAAGUGUCAUGAGCUCUAAACCGAUGAAGUUAAGUUCCAAGUCAAAACAUAUAGAAAAAACAGAUGAAAGUACCUUACGAAAAGAAAAAUUAAAUAUUAAUAGAGAUAAAUACAAGAGAAAUCCAAACCAAAAGAAAACCAAAUAUUCGACAGAAAACCACAAAAGAAAUUCCUUAUCACUAUCACAAUUUUCCCAAAAUUCUGACAUUAAAAUGUGGAACGAAAAUAAAAAAAAUAAAAAGAUCGGAAGAAAAGAAAAAUUAUCCGAAAUGCCGUUAAGUGAAAACAAUUUAACUUUGCCCAAGACUUCGGAUGGCGAUCGAAUAUCAAAGGAGCCGAUAAUGAAAUUUGUUUCCACACCAAAGUCUUCCCUUAUUUAUCCGCCCAAAUUAGAACCAUAUAUUCACGAAAUUUUAAAGGCAACAAAUCCAUACGACGGCUCUCAUUUGCAAUUUAAAGAGGAUCAAAUCGCAAACUCUGAUAACGAAAAGGAUAAAGGACAGGAACAAAUAAACCCCAAUGUUCAAGAAACUUUGGAAGAAACCUCUGUUUUUGGUAGUGUAGGGAGAAAAUCAGACAAAUUUGGCUGGCAAUUCAAAAGGCAUAAAAUCGCUAGCUCGGAUAAUGCCAAGGAGAAAGGCCGGAAAAAAAAACUCAUAUAUUCGAAAAAUUUCGGAAGCAAAAUCUGUUAGCGAGCCCCUAAUUUUUGGAUUUCACAGGCAAUUGGAAAAGGAUCAAAUCGCAAGCUCGGAUAAUGCUAAGGAUGAAGGUCGGAAAGAGGAAAUCCCACAUAUUCAAGAAACUUUGGAAAGAACAUCUGUAAGAACACCCUCAUUCUUGGACAGUAUAAUGAGUAAACAAGACGAACUUCACUGGCAAUUGAGAAGGGAUCAAAACGCAAAAUUGUACAAUGACAACAAAAAAAGCCAGGAAAGCAUAAACCAAUUUAUUCAACAAAUUUUGAAAGGAAAAUUUUUAAGCGAUCCUUCACUUUCGGAUAAACUUAGAAGUAAUUACGACUUCUUUAGCUGGCCAUUCAGAAAAGAUCAAAACGCAAAAACGGACGAUGAUAAGGAUAAAAACCAGAAAGUCCGUAAGAGCGAUGUCUCUAGGGACACUCAUCGUGGAAGGCCAAAUACAAAUUUAAAAAAUACUGUUUUCGUGAGACCAACAGGCAAGAACAAGAUUACAUUUUUGAAAAAGCCGCUUUAUGAAAAAGUCAAUAAGUCAAAUGAUAUCGAUUCGGUUGUAAUUAAUACAAAUGAUUACCGCCGGGACUCGGAACCUAAUGUUCUCAAGCAGCAAGAGCCGGAUCUUACUGACUCUGAACCGCGAAC